AUGGAUCAUGAUUUUCCAGAUUGGAGGACUAUUGUGCAUCCUGUACAUUUGAGAUACAAAGAUGAGGAUGAAGAUGGGCCAAGGUUUUAUCCUCAUAUAAGACGCAGUGCGGACGAAGAGAAGAUCUCGGCCGAGGAAGAGUAUCGCAUCAUGGUGGCACAAGUCAAGGAGUCCAAGGGAUUUGACAUCGAUUUCACCAAGUUCCGCUGCGUUUUCAACUACGAACCUCUUGAUCUCGAUGACGAAGACAUGGUUGGGGGACCAGGCGGACCAGAAACCACCAGAGAGUUUAUAGACAGGAUGUGUCGGGAAUCCUUAGAGAUAUUCAAUGAAACUAAUAGUACAGAAUAUGAAUUUGUCAAGUUUAUCAAAGCCAACCAUCACUUUGCUGCUGGCAUCAUGUUUCUCGUUACCUUUCAAGGUAAGCUGCUCUCCGAUGAUGUCUCAAAACAGUUCCAAGCCAAGUUCUGCUUGUGUGCUUCUCUCGUCGAUUUUUUCUCAUGCGAACUCAGACCUCUGAAAAAACAGGGUAACUCUAUUCCUUCACAACUAUCUCUUAAUUAG